AUUGAAAUAUCAUGGACAGAAAAUAGUUUGGAUGAUGUGUUUUGCCAGCAUAUCUCUGCAAUUUCAGUUUUAACAAUGGAUAAGUGUAAGCACAUAGGACGUCUGCGACUGGCCCAAGAUCACUCCAUUCUGAAUCCUCAGAAAUGGCAUUGCAUGGACUGCAAUACUACCGAAUCUGUGUGGGCAUGCCUCAGCUGCUCACACGUGGCAUGUGGAAGAUACAUUGAAGAACAUGCACUAAAGCACUUUCAGGAGAGCAGUCACCCAGUAGCAUUGGAAGUAAAUGAGCUGUAUGUUUUCUGUUAUCUCUGUGAUGAUUAUGUUCUUAAUGAUAAUGCAACUGGUGAUUUAAAACUGUUGCGAAGUACAUUAAGUGCAAUCAAGAGUCAAAACUAUGAGUGCACUACUCGAAGUGGGAGGACUUUGCGUUCUAUGGGUACAAGUGAUGAUUCUUACCUUUCACAUGGUGGUGCCCAAGCCUUGCUUCGGAAUGAAGAUCGCAUGUUCACAGCUCUCUGGCACCGACGGCGUGCGUUCCUGGGCAAAAUAUUCAGAUCAUGGCUUGAGUUGACACCUACUGGAAAAAAGAUUUUGGAAGAAGAAAGGCGUCGGGAAGAAGCAGAGGAAAGAAGGGACAAAGCUAGGAAGAGAAGACAAGAACGAAAGCGUGAGUUGAAAGCAGAGAUGGAAAAGAUGCCUCCAAGAAAGAGCAGUCGUUUACAAAAUCAGAUUAGAAUAUCCUCAGAAGCAGCACCCUGCCUGCAAAAAAUAUCACAGAACAUGGAAUCUGUGGCAGAGUUGAAAAAAACAUAUACCUCAGAUGAAGUAAGAUUGAAAAAAGUAAGUGACUCUCCAAUUAAACGAAGGCCCACGGUGACUCCUGGGGUAACAGGACUGAGAAACCUGGGAAACACAUGUUAUAUGAAUUCUAUCCUGCAGGUAUUAAGUCACUUACUUAUUUUUCGAGAAUGCUUUUUAAAGCUUGAUCUCAACCAAACUCAGGAACUGCUGGCAACAGCAACUAAUGGUAAAACCAGAUCCUCAUCUAAACACCUGUCACGAGCUGCCUCAACGUUACACGUGAAUGAGAACCAAGAGAAAGUAAAGGGAUCAUUUUCUGUGAGGCGGCCUAGUUUAUCCUCUGGAUUAAGUGGAGGAGCAUCAAAAAGUAAAAAUAUGGAACUUAUCCAGCCCAGGGAGCCCAGUUCAAAGCAUAUUUCCCUCUGUCAUGAGCUGCAUACUCUCUUCCAAGUUAUGUGGUCUGGCAAAUGGGCGCUGGUGUCUCCUUUUGCCAUGCUUCAUUCUGUGUGGAGACUAAUUCCAGCCUUCAGAGGAUAUGCCCAACAAGAUGCUCAGGAAUUUCUCUGUGAACUUUUGGAUAAAGUGCAGCAGGAACUGGAGACUACAGGGACCAGAUACCCAGCUCUCAUCCCUGCUUCUCAAAGAAAACUUAUAAAACAGGUUUUGAAUGUGGUUAACAACAUUUUUCAUGGACAGCUACUAAGUCAG